AUGUCAUUUAAACACCCAAUCCUGUAUCACCCACUGAGCAUCAGAGCUAAAGUACAAUCACUUCCCCAGGUGGCAGAAAACGGCAAGAGGAAUGCAGUACCUGGGAUCACCUUGGCCCAUGCGUCCUCGAACCAGAACCCAGAGGCUCAUAGUACGUCCCUGCAGGACGCUAAGAUCGCCCGAUCAGAACUUGCAGCCCGAAGAAUGCGCAGAGGGAGUAUGCAAUGGUUGCUGGUCCCUGCAACAGUUAUUGAAGAUUUGGAGAUCAGGAGUAGAUUCCAGUGCAGGCUAACUGAAUUUGCCUGGGCUCAGCAUCAUCCAGCGGACAAGUUUGCUCUUGUCUUUUCUGGACGCACCUCUAAUUUCAAAUCCCUAAGACGUUCACCUGGACGCACCAGGACCAGGACGAGGAUAGACGGUUUGCCGCAUCCUGGAUGGUGCUGCCGGCGGUCUGGGGGCAGCGGGGUCGUCGCCGUCGGCCGCCGCCCGGGGUGGCGAACGGCGCAGGGCGGGGCGGCAGGAGCAGCCGUGCAGGAGGCACAUCGAUCAGGCUACGCUGCAGAAACCAAGCAGCAGCGGGAGGCGCCGAAAGUGACAGUCGUGCUGCCGCGCUGGAAGGGCGGCCACCAGCCAGGGAGGUGGGCGCGGGCGGUGAACGGUCCUCUCACGGUCACGGGAGGACGGCGCGGGAUUUGGGGGAGCCAGGGAGGGGAUCUGGGGAGACCUGGCUGGCGAGCUCAACGGGGACGGGCCGUCGCGGAGGCAUCCAAAUUGUUGGGAAUCCUCGCGCUCCACCUCCAACGCCUCCGAUGCCUGGGAAUCCUCGAGGCCUGCCCCAACGCCUCCACCCCAGCCUCUGCCUCCGCCUGA